AAUCUCUCCAUCUCAGACACCGCUCUCUCAAACUCUCUCAAGCUCUGUCAAACUCUCUCAAGCUCUCUCAAACUCUUCCCCUCACUGUAAAAAUUUCAGAAACAACUCACUCUCAGACACUCCGCUCUCAAACUCGCCGUGCCGAAGGUGCUGCUGCGAUUGACACUCAGCCACCGAAACUCAGUUCUGCUUCCAUUGACAGUCAGGCACUCAAAGUCAGUACUGCUCCCAUUGAACCACCGUGCGCCUAAGUAUGGAGCCUCAGAUUGAUGAGGAGUUAGAGGUCUUGGACCCCGGUCCGCGUCAGAGGUCAUUGUUGACACGACAGCCAUAUCAUCGAUCAGAGGCCAUUUGGAAUGGCGAGGACUCGGGCCCACUUACGUGCCGUGGUCGCACUAAGGAGAUGGCAAACGUUCAGAUGGAAGAUAAUCGAGUCAUUGAUAUUAUCAAAUUGCUAAGGCUAGAAGGAUUAUUUAGAGCCCCUUCAAGAGAGAUAGAUAAUUGCUUAAUAUCGGCCCUAGUUGAGCGAUGGCGGCCGGAGACUCAUACUUUCCAUCUUCCACAUGGUGAGAUGACAAUCACCUUACAAGAUGUGGAGGUAAUUUUCGGACUUCCUAUAGACGGUGACGUCUUGGUUGGGCCGACUGCUGUGGUGAAUGAUGGGGGUUGGAGGCAAUUGUGUACGGAGUUGCUGGGUUUUAGUCCGCCGAAUGACAAUAAAACAUUGGUGGGGCAAAGAAUUCUCAUCAGCCGACUUGUUGAGGCCGUUGCAGCGCCAUUGCCUCAUGACGCAACGGAGAUGCAGAUACACCGGUAUGCCCGGUGCUAUAUGUUAGCGCUAAUAGGGGACAAACUUUUCAUGGACAAGUCAGGAGAUAGGGUGCAUUUGAUGUUCCUAGAGUUCCUGCGUAACCUUCGUGAUCCGCCACAGUAUAGUUGGGGUAGUGGUUGCCUGGCGUGGUUAUAUAGGGAGUUGUGUCGGGCAAGCGAGAAAGGGGCAUCGCAGAUUGGUGGGGCGUGCACGUUGGUCCAGUAUUGGGCAUGGGCAAGGUUGCCAUUCUUGUGCCCGAGAAUAGAGCCCCCACCUGGAUGUGAUUAUGGCCCAUGGCCAUAUGCUCCACUUGCAUCUAAGUGGGUGCGGGUGCCAAGCCCGAAGAGUAGGCCAUUCGGCAUGGCCUUGGUCCACUAUCGCGAGCUAUUAGUUAGAAUGCAGCCAGAGCAGAUCGUGUGGCAGCCAUACGAGGCACACUUCGGCCACCUUCCUGAGUUCUGUGUUGCAGCCAGGGAUACGUGGACAGCAAGGGUGCCGCUUGUGUGCUUUUGUAUAGUAGAGAGACACCACCCAGACCGUGUCCUGCGACAGUUUGGCUUGGCGCAAGAGCCGCCUGACCAUGUUUUCUACGAUGAUAGGCUGCAUAAAAUCGACUUACGUGGGAAGGUGGAAAAGAAUUGGAGGGACGAGCAUCGACCAUAUAUCAUUUCCUGGGAAAUGAGACGACAACAACUUUGUCAUGCACCUCCUCAGAUUGGUGAGAUGCCCCGCAAUCAUGCCUAUUACGUCUGGUAUCGUCCGGUGACUCGAAAGUAUGUCGACCGCAACAGCGCUAAAUUAGAUAUUAUGAUUCAAAGCCAUUUAGCGCUGUUGGUGAUGCUUCCUGAAGGCAGCCAAGCUCACAACUAUGUCCGGCGUGUCCUAAAUAAUGUGGCUGGCCUUGAUGGUGAUCCUGCAGUAAAUGAGCAUGCAAACAAUGGGGAUGAGACUGAACUAGCAGCUGCUGCAACCCCAAGCACAAGUGCAGCACCCGUAAGUACACCGACCCGUGGUCAUCGUGCUACUACAAGCCCAAGCACAAGUGCAGCUAGGGGUCGUCUUCGGCCUGCUACAGCAACCCCAAGCACAAGUGCAGUCAGGGGCCGUGGUCGGCAUGCAACAACCCCUCGGGUUGUAACUACUCUUGAGAUGCCUCCACCCAUCCCGCAGGCAUAUCCUCAUCCUGAGGUCCCUUCACCCAUCCCAUAUGCAUCUCCUCAGCCCGAGGUCCCUUCACCCAGCCCACCUUCGCAGCCCAAUUUUGAUGUCAGUAUUGACCAAAAUGUCACCCCUCCUAUACUCCCCGAGACACCCUCAUACCCACACACCGGCUCUAGUGCACCCACUCCUACCCUCUACAUAGAGCAGGAUUACCCACCUACCGCAUCCUCAUCCGACCCUAUAGGACCUCCGGUUGGGAUUGACACUGUAGAGCCACAUACUGAUGUACCGGACGAGCAUCCCCCUCAUGAGCCCUCACCCCCACGAGGUAGACCGCAACGCAGUAGAAGAGCACCGACUUGUGGGACAGGUGGACACAAAAUAGGACACCGAGGCCCUGCUAUGGUAUGA